GGGCAAAUUCUUGUGGGUGCGAGGCAGGGCUCUUUCUCUCUCUUCCUCGAUUCUUCGUCCUUUUUCUUUCCUUGUUCUUUUUUAUGCAACACCAUAAUUCUGUGUUUGCCUAGAUUGCCUAUUUUGACUCAUUACCAAUUCUGGGUUAUUCAGAGUUUAUUGUCUAGACUUGGAUUGAGUCUCAGUUAAUCGGAAAUCGAAACGGAAGACCCAGUUGUUUUGUUUGCAAGGUUCACCUGCAAAGAUCUGAUUUUGAACGGUUAAUGGGUGGGGGCGAUUUCGAUGAGAUUGGAGCUGAUAUCAGCUCGGACAAUGAAGUUGAUGACAUAAGGUGUGAAAAUAUAGCGGAAAAAGAUGUCAGUGAUGAAGAGAUUGAAGCAGAAGAAUUGGAGAGGCGAAUGUGGAAGGAUCGUAUCAAACUCAAAAGGAUUAAGGAAAGACAGAAGCUUGCUGCACAACAAGCUGCAGAAAAGCAAAAGCCUAAGCAGGCAUCUGAUCAGGCACGGAGGAAAAAAAUGUCUAGAGCUCAGGAUGGGAUUCUUAAGUAUAUGUUGAAGCUAAUGGAAGUUUGCAAAGCACGUGGGUUUGUUUACGGGAUCAUUCCUGAGAAGGGUAAGCCAGUAGGUGGUUCUUCAGAUAACAUACGAGCUUGGUGGAAAGAGAAGGUGAAGUUUGAUAAGAAUGGACCAGCUGCCAUAGCCAAGUAUGAAGCAGAAUGUUUAGCUAUGAGUGAGGCAGAUAACAAAAAAAAUGGUAACUCUCAGAGUGUCCUUCAAGACCUGCAAGAUGCAACUCUUGGAUCCCUCUUGUCUUCACUGAUGCAGCAUUGUGAUCCACCUCAAAGGAAGUAUCCACUAGAAAAGGGAGCUCCUCCACCUUGGUGGCCCACUGGAAAUGAAGAGUGGUGGGUACCAUUAGGGCUAGCCCAUGGCCAGAGUCCUCCAUACAAGAAACCUCAUGAUCUUAAGAAGGUGUGGAAAGUGGGAGUGUUAACAGCUGUAAUAAAGCAUAUGUCACCUGAUAUUGCAAAGAUUAGGAGGCAUAUUCGUCAAUCAAAGUGCUUACAGGAUAAAAUGACCGCAAAGGAGAGUGCAAUUUGGCUAGGAGUUUUGAGCCGAGAGGAAGCUCUUAUCCAGCAGCCUAGCAGUGAUAAUGGAACAUCUGGCAUCACUGAAAUACCCCCAGGUAAGCAUAGUGAGAAGAGACAACCUGCUUUAAGUAGUGACAGUGACUAUGAUGUUGAAGGUCUUGAUGGUGCUGGUUCUGUUUCAUCCAAAGAUGGCAGGGGGAAUCAAUCUCUGGAUGUUGAGCCUUUGGCCCAUGUUCAGAAUGGAGCACCUAAGUCUGUUAGAGAAAAAGAGCAAGUGGAAGAGCAACCUAAGAAGAGACGUCGCUCUGAUUCAAACCGCGUUAAAAAACAGCGAGGAGCAUCCCAUAAUGAGAAUUUACCAAUUCUGUCAAGAAACAGUGUGCCUGACAUCAACCAAUCUGACAUACCAUUGAUUGAAUGUCAGAUGAAUGGCACUCAGGAGGAAAAUGAUGCAAGUACAGCUUUGAUGCCUGUGGAAAAAGGUCCUGAGGUCCAGUCCCAUUUAUCAGCAUCCGAGUAUAACCAUUAUCCUCCCAUUCCCUCUGCUAAUGUAAUUUCCACACAGAACAUGUAUGUAGAAGAAAGACCAAUGCUUUACACAUCAGUGCAAAGAGCUGAGCAACAUCAUGAAGCUGCUUAUGAUUUCUAUAAUCAGUCGGUUGAAUAUGGCCCUGGUCAUCAUGGUCAUCAUACUCAGAUGGAAAUAAAUGUACCUCAGAUUAAUGCAGGAGAGGACGAGGUCCAUGUACCGACAUUAGGUAGAAAUGAAAAUGACAUUAUUGGAGGGGAGACGGACCAUUUUGUGAAAGACAUGUUUCAUGCUGAAGAGGACAGAGCUGUUGAUAAUCCCUUUGGCUUGCCAACCAAUAGCCUGUCAUUCUAUGGAGGAUUCAGUAGUAGUCCAUUUAAUAUUGGACUUGAGGGUACAAUUGAUGACUUUUUGUUAGAUGAGAGCAUAAUAGAGUACUUUGGAGCAUAGAUUGGUAGUGCGUGAACUAAAAAGGGACUGCCAAGUAUGCAUCUGCUGCUGACCUGGAUGAGGGAAUUUUUCCUUAUCCAUAUUUUAAGCUAGUAAAUGUGUCAGCCUUUGAACUUGCUUAGAGCCUUAGACUGUAAGUUGUGUCAAUUUUUUAUUAUUUAGCCUCACUCAUUAUGGUGCAAAGAAGAUAAACAGAACGUGAUUUCUGUGUCAUAGUUGAACUGCUUCCCCAUUAAUAGAAAUGGAAAUUGAAGGGAUAUGUAAAUGAGUCAAUUUCAUAAACUGUUACAUGACAAAGUGGUCAUACUUUCUCAUUUCCUGCAGACAAGUUGACCUGUUAAUAAAUAAUUGUUUUUUCUCUUUCUUUCAAUUAUUUAUCUGUAUAUAUCGACCAUUCUUCAUUAUUUGUAAUGAUCUGGGUUCCUACAUUUGUUAUUAUGUCAACUUUUCUCCUCUUUUGAAUUUGAUAUGUAGGCAGUAUCUGACCUAUGUAGGCAGUAUCUGACCUAUGACUGUCAGGUGACAACCUGUCCUAGAAAACCUUAGGGUCUUUUUUGAAUUCUAUGCUUUUUAGUGAUUCUGUUUCCUUGAUGGUAUUGGGGGGAAAGAGAGAUGCUCGUUUGUUGUUUGAUUGGAAUUCCAUCUCUUGAAUCCUUUUCAAAAAGAAUCAAGAUGGUAGUCUUGAUAAUAUUAAUUUUAGCAUAGUUAGUUAGUUACAUGCUGGGUUCUCAUUUUCCUUGAGCUAUUCUUGCUGUUUCUGCUAGCUUCUGCAGCUGCCAACAAUCCUUUGCACACUGAUAGAAGUGUUUAUAGCUUUACAUGCUCCCAUAUGAUCCGCAAAAGAACUUAUUAGAAGAAUGAUGAUUGACUCACAAGACAGAAUUAACAUAAUGACAUAAUGACUGAACCAGAUGUUGUGCUUGGCAUAACCAUGUCGGGGGUAUGGGAGCUAAAGUCCAAGCCAUGAAGGACGAUCAUUUACUCAUUUUCAUUCCAGACGUUCUGUUAGGGGGUUAUUUUGUUGUUGUAAUCGUAUGGUUUGAUUCCAGAUAUUCAUAGGAUAAAUGAAGCAUUACUUGAUUCACCUAGGUGAAAGCUGCCCUGGAAAAGAACGGAGGGGGAGGGGAAGAGCGAGGUGGGUCGUAAUGGGUUUUGGUUGGGCAACAUGGAACCAGUAGAUCUGUGGGUAUAAGCAGUCAUGAUUUGGGUGAGACGUCAGUUAUCAGAAGCAGUUGGGCAUGGAGGUAGAUUUUUUUAAUGGAAUAGUGAGCUGUGAAUUUGAAGUUAGGAGUCGGAAAUAGAAGGAGAGGGACUCCGACGGCUCAUCGCCGUCGGUGAGAAGAGAGUGCAGACCAAAUUCAAUUCAAAAUUGAAAUUCGAGGGUUUUAGGGUGAAAUUGAAAUGCACGGAAUUUACUCAUGAGAAUUACUCUGUUAAAAUACAUGUAUUUUAUCCAA